AGCUAAUAGAAUUAAGGAAGGAUAAAGUAGAGGCUGUCACAGGGUCGUGCUCUUAAAAGCCAGAGAGAGUCCACAGCCAGCAGAAGUGGACCAAGACGGGGACCAGUGGACAUCUACCAACGGAGACAUCAAACUUAAACCGGAUCUGAAGUCAAGAUAAUAAAAAAACGACGGAUAUGACAAAGAACAACAGCAGAGGAAACAAGUGAGUGAUACCAAAAAAAAAAAUCUAACCAAACGUUUUUACAACUUGAGGUGAGAGAAUAUCUUCAAAGACGCCAAAAGGGCCUUCAAGCAGAAGACGACCCAGGCAAUGCGUCUUCUGAACAAAGACCUGCGCUUGCAAGACGUCACCCUCAUGUACCUCACCGUUUUGGCCACUGUGGUGGUGCUCUUGGUGGCAUCUUACCAGGCUCCUGCGGUCCACUCCAGACCCGCCCUGGCCUACCACAUCCCCUUAGACCCCUCGGGUCAGAUGGAGCUGUCCUGGAACAUCAGCUAUCCCACCCAGGAGGUCUAUCUGGAGCUGAAAGUCAAAGAGCUCCGCCAUGGUGUUUUGCUGGGCAUGUCCGAUCGGGGAGAGCCCACAAAUGCCGACCUGGUCCUUCUGUGGGACGACGGUCACAAAUCCUAUUUUGGGGAUGCUUGGAGUGACAAUGAAGGCCGAGUGAUGUUGGACACUCAGCAGGACUAUGAGCUGCUGGAGACUCAUCAGUCGACUGAAGGCUUCUUCCUGCUCUUCAAAAGACCCUUCAGCACCUGCGACCCGCACGACUACAUCAUAGAGGAAGGUACUGUGCACAUCCUCUACGCUGUGCUGGAGCGACCCAUCCUAUCUUUGCGAGAGCUCAACAUAUCCCGUCUCCAGCCUGGUGUCCAGCGAGUGCUGCUCCUGCGUCCAGACGCUCCGUCCCCUGCUCUCCCGAAAGAUGUCCUCACGCUGGAGGUCCUGGCCCCUGACGUCAUCAUCCCCACCCAGGAAACCACUUACUGGUGCCACAUCUAUCAGCUCCCGCCCAAUAUGCCCAAGAACCACAUUGUUAUGUACGAGUCUGUGAUCACUCCUGGUAAUGAAGCCAUCGUUCAUCACAUGGAAGUGUUUGAAUGCUCUCCUCAGAUGGAAACUGUGCCUCAAUUCAGCGGCUCCUGCGAUUCAAAGAUGAAGCCCCGCAAACUCAAUUACUGCCGACAUGUUCUGGCAGCCUGGGCCAUGGGAGCGGAGCCAUUCUUCUACCCUGCUGAUGCUGGCUCGCCUCUAGGAGGAGAAGGUUCUUCUAGGUUCCUUCGGCUUGAAGUUCAUUACCACAACCCUCUCCUUUUAUCAGGACGGAGGGACUCCUCAGGCAUUCGUUUGUGGUACACUCCAUCUCUGAGGAGGUUUGACGCAGGCAUCAUGGAGCUGGGGCUAGUCUACACCCCUGUCAUGGCCAUUCCUCCCCGCCAGCCCUCUUUCCAGCUGACUGGCUACUGCACCGCCAAAUGCACACAGACGGCUCUUCCUGUAGGUGGGAUACACAUCUUUGCGUCCCAGCUGCACACUCAUCUGGCUGGACUCGGGGUGAGGACCGUCCUGGUACGAGGAGGCAGAGAGGUGGAAGUGGUACAGGAGGACAAACAUUUCAGCACUCAUUACCAGAUUAUCCGUGUUUUGAGGAAGAUGGUGACUGUUCUGCCAGGCGACGCUCUUGUGACUAAGUGCUCGUACAACACUGAAGACAGGAACAAAGUUACCAUGGGGGGGUUUGGGAUCAUGGAAGAAAUGUGUGUGAAUUACGUCCAUUAUUACCCCCGCACACAGCUGGAGCUGUGCAAGAGCCACGUGGACACAGAUUACCUGCAGAAAUACUUCAGUCUCAUCAACAGGUUUCAAGGACGUGACAGUUGCAGUUGUCCCGGGACUACGGUGGAAGAGCAGUUCUCCUCGCUGUCCUGGGACGGCUUCAGCGGGGAGGUGCUGAACUCCCUCUACCUUACCUCCCCAAUCUCAAUGCACUGCAACCAGUCCACCGCUGAGCUCUUUCCUGGUGAAUGGGAGCAUCAGGAGAUACCGGUGGUGACGGCGGCGCUCCAGAGAGCCCCGUACCCGUGUGAAUUAAGCCGUCGAGCGUCCUCUGAGAACAACAACCCUACAGAGGUCAAGCCCGACAGCAGCGUCUGAUGCCCACACAUGCAUCUGACUCCCGCUGAGCUCAACCUUUCCCGCUCUCAUGCUGCAGCCUGGAAUCACAUCAAAUCAGUUACCCAAGCACUGUUUUGUGUUUAGAUUAUUGUUACACUACUGUUAUGUGGGAAGGUGCUGUGUAGUGGAAAUAGGAACAGCAUUUUUAAGGAUGAUUGUGCAGUACACAAUGAAUACCAUCUACUUUUUUUAAAAUAGUAAGCAAAAUAGUGAGCAAUUAUGCAAUGAUAAACCUUUCAAAUAGUAGCAUGCUAAAUUGUCUUAGGACAUCAUUUCAUUCUUGCUUCCACGAGUGUCAUACGGUUACAUCUUAAAAAUAAAAACGACCAUUUUAAAUAACUAUUCUGAAUUUAGUUUUGUUUGUGGCAUUAUUUACUGUUCUUCCUCCACACUGGAUUUGAGUGCAAUGCAUUGUGGGAUAUUUUUCCAAAGCAUUUAUACUGUACACUUG